AUGUAUGGUUGGCGCGGUGCGGCGUGUGAUCAGUGUGUUCCUUCACCUGACUGUGUUCACGGAGCGUGUGAAGAACCCGGGCAGUGUGUCUGUGAGCGCGGAUGGACAGGAGCACGCUGUGAUCGAGAGGUUCAGCGGUGUUCAUCAAAGCCCUGCUCGGGAAACUCUACCUGUGUGGAGACAGGAGGAGGAGGACACGUCUGCCUGUGUGCUCCUGGACACACAGGAGAAAACUGCCAGCUGAAGAAAGGAGCGUGUUCAGUGAACAGCUCUCGCUGUCAGAACGGAGGAACCUGUGUGAACACGAGCCGUUCCUCUUGCCUCUGUGCACCUGGAUUCACCGGCUCGUCCUGUGAGCGCCACAUCAGCAAACUCAAGCACAAACCCCGAGUGAAAGCACCAGGACCGGCUCACGUGUUCCACAAGCUGCUGCUGCGUCCGGCGGAGUCUGAUCCGCUGGUCACUCGCAGCCAGAUCAUCUGCUUCUCCGUUCUGGGUCUCCUCACCUGUCUGGUGAUCCUGGUCACGACGGGCAUCGUCUUCUUCACCCGCUGUGAGACGUGGAUGGCGAAUGCUAAGUACAGCCAGCUGGUGCGGCAGCAGAGGGAUCUGCUCCUGAGAGCGUCUGACCGCGAGCAGCAUUCGCUCAACAUCAUCCUGCCGGAGAAAAUCAAGCUGAGCAACUACAGCAGGCAUUACACGUCCAUAUGAAGCGGAUCCGAGACCGAGAGGUUUGGUGCUUUAGACAAAGAGAAGAUGAGAAACAGCUGCGGUAUUUCAUGGUUUUUAUUGUUGGAAUACAUGCAUAUAUUAAGAUGUACAGCGAACCACACACAUGGAGAAAUACACGAUUUUCAGUUAUCUCUAGUUAGCCUCAGUGCGUGAGUUCAUGGUUAAAGCUGGAUAAACAGAUUCACCGACAGCUGGUCCUUAUCUUCAUGUUUUCAUCACCCGAGCAUUUUCAUUUUCAUGCACAUAUUUACAUGUAAACAAAUGAUUAAUGUAGCACUAAAUAAACCAUUGUUUUUCAUGCA